GACGUUGCCCUGGGCUCGAUUUAUCAGCGACCAAUCAGAACACGGUAACGUGUUUAUUUUUCUAACUCUGUCGUGCGCUUAGCUAGCCAAAAACUUGUCUUGAGUAAAACUCGUCAGAUUACUUGAAGGUUUCAAAUUAGUUACACGUUCUGCUCAAACCCGGGAACCGUCUGAUAUCAACCACAAGGAACAAUGAAGACUGAAUCGUGCUGUCUACUGCUUGUACUAGGAACAACAUUGCUUUUCGCCGGUUUAGCAACGGCACAACAUCCAGCAGCCCGUCCAAUUAGUAGCAAAGAAGUUAAAUGCCUUGUCUGCAAAGCGACGAUGAACGAGAUGGAACUAGCCGUGGGGAAGGUAGACCCGAAGAGAAAAAUCGAUGUUGGGGAUUAUCGGCUAGAUGCCACGGGAGACUCCAAGAAGAAGAAGACAAUCCUUUUCGCAAAAUCAGAGAUGUACCUGACGGAACUGAUGGAGUCGGUUUGCGAUCGCAUGGACGAUUACGCCAAGGCUCGGUACAAGAAAAACGGUAGACCGGUAGUGCUGAAAAUGAUGACCGAGUUCGGCAUGAAUCCGGAAAUGUCUGAAGUGGACUUCGUGCAGGAGGGUGACCUAAACAAGACCUUGAAACAUCUGUGCUUAGAAAUCGUGGAAGACCACGAGGAGAGUAUCCUGAAGAUGUUCCAGCAGGAGGACGAGGUGAAGGAUACGGACGUAAGGCUCUGCUCGGAGGUUGCAAAUAUUUGCAACGAGCAACCCAUCGAGGAUGACUACGAGUACGAGGGGGAAGACGACCGUGAUGAACUGUGAGCCGGCCUGCAGGAACCACAUUUCAGCCUCUCGAUAGACGUAAAGAACAAAACAUUAAUAUAUAGUUACUUUAGAAGGUAUUGCAAUUUUUACCAUUGGUUUGUUGAAGGAAACUGCAUUUAUUGUAAAGUGGGAAGAAUAAACAUUGUUCUAGGUAGAAAAACUAGUUUAUGAGCUA